AUGUCUAAUACAAAGAAAAUAGGUCCUUACUACGUCUUAAAAACUAUUGGAAGAGGAUCAUUUGGAAUUGUUACAGCAGUUAAAGACGAAAAUGGAAAAAUUUUUGUAGUAAAACAGUUAGACAUGUCGUGCAUGAGUAAUAAAGAAAAAAUGAAUGUUGUUAAUGAAGUAAAGUUCACCCUUUCAUUGUUAGGUAUAAAGAAGCUUUUAUUGAAAAUAGCAUUUUAUAUGUUGCUAUGGAUUAUUGUUCAAUUUUUAUUUUUAUCCUUUUCAUUAAAUGAAGAAGGAGAUUUAAGCAUAUGCAUAAAAAAAAAUAAAGAAAUGAAAACAUUUAUACCUGAAAGCAGAAUUAAAAGAUGGCUUUUACAAAUAAUUACUGCAAUAAAAUUUAUACAUGAUAAAAAAUUAAUACAUAGAGAUUUAAAAUGUAACAACAUAUUUUUAGAUGAGUAUGAAAGAGCUAAAAUAGGAGAUUUUGGUUUAGCUAAGCUAUUAGAGAAUACAGAACAAACAAAUACUCUAUGUGGAACAAUUGGAUAUAUGGCACCAGAAGUUUGUAAAAAUAUGCCUUAUAGUUUUCCAGCUGAUAUAUGGUCUCUAGGAGUAAUUUUAUAUGAGCUCAUCAGCUUAAAACAACCAUUUAAAUCGAAAAAUGAAAAUAUGUUGUCAGUUGUUCAAAAAAUUUGUGAAGAUGAGCCAUCUCCUUUACCUACAAAUUAUUCUGAAGAAUUGAUAAGUUUAUGUUAUUGGAUGCUAAAAAAAAAUUCUGAUGAAAGACCAACUGCAUACGAUAUUAUUGCAACUGAUUACUUACAGGGGGAAAUUCAAGAAUUACAUUUAUUAAAAAGUGAAAUAUUAAAUAAGAAUGAAGUAAAUUAA